AUGGCCUUCUCCCUCCACCCCCUAAUCGACAACGGCCUGACCAAAGGCAGCGACAGCUUCCCAGGCGGCAAGUUGCACUGCCACUGCAGCAGCAAGCCGGUCGAAGUGACGAUCAAGGGAAACGUGUUGCACAACCAUGCGUGCGGCUGCUCGCAAUGCUGGAAGCCCAAGGGGGCGCUCUUCUCCAUCGUCGCCGUCGUCCCCGUCGACAACGUCGAAGUGACGGCCAACGGAGACAAGCUCGAGAUCGUGAACAAGGACGCCACCAUCCUCCGACAUGCCUGCAAGGACUGCGGCGUCCAUCUGUACGGGCGCAUCGAGAAGGACCAUGCCUUCAAGGGCCUCGACUUUGUGCACGUCGAACUGUCCGACGAAAAGGGCUGGCAGGAACCGCAGUUCGCUGCCUUCGUCUCGUCGCUCAUCGAGCAGGGCUUUGACCCGGCCAAGAUGGGAGACGUGCGCGCCAAAUUGAAGUCCAUCGGCCUGGAGUCGUACGACGCCUUGAGUCCCCCGUUGAUGGAUGCCCUCGCCACCUUUGCCGCGGAGAAGGCGGGCGUCAAGGGGAAAUUAUGA